GCGGCCGCGCGCAGGGACUGGCGACCCUCAGGUAGCGGCCGCACGGGCCCGCCGGGCCAUCCCCGUGGGGCCCACAUCCAUCUCGGUGCAGAGCCGAGCCGGUCGCGCGGGGUCGGGCGCGGGGGACGGUUCCGGCUUUUCCGAUCAGGAGGAACCAGGGCACGCGCUGUGACCGGACUGCGGCGGCGCGCGGCCUGCCUACUUCCCACCCCGGCAUCGAACCCGCCGCUCGCGGGCCCAGCGCCACGUCCUCGGGGGUUCCGGAGGCUGCCGGCACGUUCCUGACCAGCGAACGCGCCCCCGGGGCACGCACUUGGGUUGGGCGGGCGCCCAGGAGCGGAGCACAGCGGUGCCCAGGAACGAUGCCAGGCGGGAAGGGCGGAAUUUGCGGCGAAUUUGGAGCGCGCUGGCCUCUUCCCGGCGGAUGGACCCCACAGUGUAUGCUGAGCUGUUGAAAGAAUCUGGCAACCAGGUUCUUAAGAACGGAAACUUCUCUUUGGCCAUCCGAAAGUACGAUGAAGCCAUCCAGAUUCUCCUGCAGUUAUACCAAUGGGGGGUUCCCCCGAGGGACUUGGCUGUGCUGCUGUGCAACAAAUCAAAUGCAUUUUACAGCCUCGGGAAGUGGAAUGAGGCAUUUGUUGCUGCCAAGGAAUGCCUCCAAUGGGAUCCAACCUACGUGAAGGGUUACUACCGAGCUGGUUAUUCCUUGCUGAGGUUGCUCCAGCCUUAUGAAGCCGCCCGCAUGUUUUUUGAGGGUCUGCGACUUGUGCAGAGAAGCCAAGACCAGGCACCGGUGGCUGAUUUCCUUGUUGGGGUCUUCACCACUAUAAGCAAUGACUCCAUUGUUUUGCAAAGUUUCUUGCCUUGCUUUGAUCAUAUUUUCACAACUGGAUUCCCAACCGAAGUGUGGCAAUCUGUAAUAGAAAAGUUGGCAAAGAAAGGAUUGUGGCAUCCUUUUCUACUUCUGUCAGCAAAAAAAGACCGGCUGCCAAGGAAUAUUCACGUCCCAGAGUUAUCACUGAAAAGUCUCUUUGAGAAAUACGUUUUCAUUGGACUGUAUGAGAAGAUGGAACAGGUGCCCAAGUUAGUCCAGUGGCUCAUCUCCAUUGGUGCAAGUGUUGAGACUAUAGGACCAUAUCCCCUUCAUGCCCUCAUGCGACUCUGUAUCCAAGCCAGGGAAAACCAUCUUUUCCGGUGGUUAAUGGAUCACAAACCCGAGUGGAAAGGCCGCAUCAACCAGAAGGAUGGGGAUGGCUGUACUGUCCUCCACAUCGUCGCUGCCCACUCCCCAGGAUACCUCAUCAAGCGACAAACGGAGGAUGUGCAGAUGCUCCUGCGCUUUGGAGCAGACCCCACUUUGCUGGAUCGACAGUCUCGGUCUGCCGUGGAUGUCCUGAAGAGGAAUAAGAACUUCAAAGCCAUCGAGAAAAUCAACAGUCACUUGGAAAAGCUGGCUGCGUGUUCUAAGGACCUAGCAGGAUUCAGCAAUGGUGAUGGACCCACUAGUGAAAACGACAUUUUCAGGAAGGUCUUGGAGCAGCUGGUGAACUAUGUGAACUCCGGAAACCGGUUAUUGCAGAAAAACUUUCUGAAGCAGGAAGUAGUUCAGAGGUUCUUGCGCCUCCUUUCUACUCUGCAAGAAAUUCCUCCUGACCUGGUCUGUGACAUUAAUCAAGACUGUGCCAGCACCUUCUUCAGAUUCUUAUUGGAAAAACAGAAAUGGCCUGAGGUGCUUCUGCUGCUGACCCGCAAAGUCAGUGGAGAGCCACCGCUUGGAGACUGCUUCAUCAAAGACUGCAGCUUCUCAGACCUCGACAUCUGUACCAUCAUCCCCCACCUCAGCACCUGGGACCAGCGGAAGACACAGCUUCUGGGCUGCCUGAUAGACAGAGGAGCCUUGCCUGAUGGUCUUCAGGAGAGCCAGGAGAAGCCACUUGUCAUGUGCCUGAAACAUGAGGACUUCGAAUUGGCUUUCCUUCUCUUGACCAAGGGCGCAGACCCCCGUGCUAUUUCUCUCAUGGAAGGUGAUACGCCUUUGCAUGCAGCACUCCACAUCUUUCUAGAGAUCAAAGCUGACAUUGGUUUUAGCUUCCUCAACCAUCUGUUGGAUCUGUUUUGGUCCAACCCCACCGAAUUCAGCUACCUCAACCCCAACGUCCAGGACGGCAACGGGAACACGCUGAUGCACAUCCUCUUCCAGAAGGGCAUGCUAAAGCGCGUGAAGAAGCUGUUGGACCUGCUCGUGAGGUUUGACAUCAACUUCAACCUGAAGAACAAAGAGGGCAAAGAUGCACGGCACCGGAUCAAGAAGAAUGACUCUCUGCUCCUGGCCUGGAACAAAGCUCUCAUGGAGAACAGGCGGAGGAGCCGGCAGGACUCUGCUGCCCACUUGGGGAAGCCCUCCAGGUCCACCGCCCCUGGUCACACGUCCCAGCCCAAGUCCCAGGGUUCUUUCAAGUCACUGCCAUGUGGUACCACUGCCAGAACCCUGUCUGAAGGAAGUGCAGUCCCUGACAGCUGGGAGACUCUCGCAGAUACCCAGGUGACCAGGGAAGAGCCUGGAGCUCUCAGGACACGCUCUCUGAGAGACCGCCUUAUGCAGGACAUCACAGAUUUGAUUCAGCAGGUUGAAGUGGAUCCAUCUUUCUCAGAGGACUGUCCUCAGAGCUCUGAGCCUCUGGAGGCAGUAGCUGGCAAGGAAGGAAAGAAAGAUGAGCUCCAGCCGACCCUGGGUGCAGGGGCCCCUGACUGUAGUGUGGCAGGGGAAGGACAUGCUCAGGGGGGCCUGGAGGCCUUGCAGCUUGUGCCCGCUGAUAACGGAGGGAAGGAGGGCAAUGACAAUCAGGAUGACAGGAGCACGCAGGAGAUUGAGGCCUGCCUCCAGGACUUUGAUAACAUGACCUGGGAGAUCGAGUGCACUUCAGAAAUCCUGAAGAAGCUGUCUAGUAAGGUCAUGUCUAAAGUCAUCAAGAAGAAAGUCAUCCUUGCCAUCCAGCAGCUGGGGAAUGGCGAGUGGACCCACGGCUUGCAGAAGCGACUGAAGCACCUGAAAGGAAGCAUCCUGCUCUUCGAAGCCAAGCUGGACAAAGGAGCCCGGAUGCUGUGGGAGCUUGCCAUCGACUUCUCCCCUCGAUGCAGUGAGAGUCCUGAGAAGAUCAUUGCCGUAGAGCAGAACACGUGUGCCACGGAGAAAUCAGGGCGGAUCUACACAGAAAUCAUCCGGAUUUGGGACAUUGUCUUAGAUCACGGUAAACUGGCCGAUUCCAUCAAGGCCAUCUGCAGUGCCUACAACCGGGGCUUGUCCUGUGUCCUGAGGAAGAAGCUGAAGGGUAUCAAUAAAGCUCAAGUGUCAGCUAACAUGAAAAUUCAGAAGCGUAUACCUCGCUGCUAUGUGGAGGACACGGAGGCCGAGAAGGGCAAGGAGCAUGCCAAUCCUGAGUACUUUCCCCCGGCCAGUGCAGUGGAGACAGAAUAUAACAUCAUGAAGUUCCACAGCUUCAGCACCAACAUGGCCUUUAACAUCCUGAAUGACACGACAGCCACGGUGGAGUAUCCCUUCCGGGUGGGUGAGCUUGAGUACGCGGUGAUCGACCUCAACCCCAGGCCACUGGAGCCCGUCAUCCUUAUUGGGCGAAGUGGCACGGGGAAGACCACCUGCUGCUUGUACAGAUUGUGGAAGAAAUUCCACGUUUACUGGGAAAAAGCUGAGCAGGCAGGGAGCCCGUUGCUGGCCAAACAGAUCUGGCUGAAGAGAAGGUUGGAAGUGGAACUGGGAAAAGAGGGUCCGGGUGGGGAGGAAGAGGAGGAGGAAGAGGACGAGGAAGAGGAAGGUUCUAUCGAAGUGGAAACAGUUGACAGCAUAGAUGAGCAGGAGUACGAAGACUGCACAGGGGGAGCCUGUGUGGAGCCAGCCGGGGGCGGCCAAACCGCAGAAGCGUGUGCACCAGAAGAUCCCCACCAGCUGGAGCAUCUGCAUCAGAUCUUUGUGACCAAGAACCACGUCCUGUGCCAGGAGGUACAAAGGAAUUUCAUUGAGCUUUCCAAGUCCACCAAGGCCACCAGUCAUUACAAACCACUGGACCCCAACAUUCACAAACUGCAGGACCUGAAGGACGAGAACUUUCCUCUCUUUGUCACUUCCAAGCAGCUGCUUCUCCUGCUUGAUGCGUCUCUGCCCAAACCAUUUUUUCUGAGAAACGAAGAUGGAAGCUUGAAAAGAACCAUCAUAGGCUGGUCCACACAGGAAGAGUCGACCAUCCCCAACUGGCAAGAGGAUGAGGAGGAGGCUGAGGUGGAUGGGGACUACAGUGAGGAGGAUAGAGCUGUGGAAAUGCGUACAGGUGACAGUGACCCCCGGGUGUAUGUGACGUUUGAAGUGUUCAAAAAUGAAAUAUGGCCCAAGAUGACCAAAGGGAAGACCACCUACAACCCCGCACUGAUUUGGAAAGAAAUAAAAUCUUUUCUAAAGGGCUCUUUUGAGGCCCUCAGCUGUCCCUAUGGGAGACUCACUGAAGAAGCAUAUAAGAAAUUAGGGAGGAAGCGGUCCCCCAAUUUCAAGGAAGAUCGGAGUGAGAUCUAUAGCCUCUUCUGUCUGUAUCAGCAAAUCAGGUCCCAGAAAGGUUAUUUCGAUGAAGAGGAUGUUCUGUACAACAUAUCCCGGAGGCUGUCGAAGCUGAGGGUGCUUCCAUGGUCCAUCCACGAGCUUUAUGGUGAUGAGAUUCAAGACUUUACCCAAGCUGAGCUGGCACUGCUGAUGAAAUGCAUCAACGACCCCAACGCUAUGUUCCUCACGGGGGACACGGCGCAGAGCAUCAUGAAGGGUGUGGCCUUCCGCUUCAGCGAUCUGCGUUCUCUGUUCCACUAUGCCAGCAAAAGCACCGCCGACAAGCAGUGUGUUGUCCGGAAGCCCAAGAAGAUCCACCAGCUGUACCAGAAUUACAGGUCCCACUCAGGAAUCCUCAAUCUGGCCUCUGGAGUGGUAGAUUUACUUCAGUUCUAUUUCCCAGAGUCUUUUGAUCGCCUUCCAAGGGAUACUGGCCUCUUUGACGGUCCGAAGCCAACUGUUCUGGAGUCUUGUAGUGUAAGCGACUUGGCAAUUUUGCUGCGAGGGAAUAAAAGGAAAACUCAGCCCAUUGAAUUUGGAGCCCACCAGGUCAUCCUUGUGGCCAAUGAAACGGCAAAGGAGAAAAUUCCAGAAGAGCUGGGUUUAGCACUUGUGCUAACAAUUUAUGAAGCAAAAGGCUUAGAAUUUGAUGAUGUCCUCCUUUACAACUUUUUUACUGAUUCUGAGGCUUAUAAGGAAUGGAAGAUCAUUUCCUCAUUCACACCUACAUCAACUGACUUCAGAGAGGAAAACCGGCCGUUGGUUGAAGUACCCCUGGACCAACCAAGCUCUGCUCAGGGGCGAUCUCUCAUGGUGAAUCCAGAAAUGUACAAGCUCCUCAACGGGGAGCUGAAGCAGCUGUACACCGCUAUCACGCGGGCUCGGGUCAACCUCUGGAUCUUUGAUGAAAACCGAGAGAAACGGGCUCCCGCGUUCAAAUAUUUCAUUAGGAGAGAUUUUGUCCAAGUUGUAAAGACAGAUGAAAAUAAAGACUUUGAUGAUAGCAUGUUCGUUAAGACCUCAACUCCUGCGGAGUGGAUUGCCCAGGGAGAUUACUACGCCAAGCACCAGUGCUGGAAGGUUGCAGCCAAGUGUUACCAGAAAGGAGGUGCAUUUGAGAAGGAGAAGUUGGCUCUGGCCCAUGACACUGCCCUGAGCAUGAAAUCCAAGAAAGUCAGCCCCAAGGAAAAGCAGUUGGGAUAUUUGGAAUUGGCUAAAACCUAUUUGGAAUGCAAUGAGCCAACACUGUCCCUUAAGUGUCUGAGCUACGCCAAGGAGUUCCAGCUGUCUGCCCAGCUGUGCGAGAGGCUGGGAAAGAUAAGGGAUGCUGCCUAUUUCUAUAAGCGAUGCCAGUGCUACAAAGAUGCUUUCAGAUGCUUUGAGCAGAUUCAGGAAUUUGAUCUAGCACUCAAAAUGUACUGCCAAGAGGAGCUUUUUGAAGAAGCUGCUAUUGCAGUGGAAAAGUAUGAAGAAAUGCUGAAGACCAAGACCCUUCCCAUCUCCAAGCUCUCCUAUUCUGCCAGUCAGUUUUACUUGGAGGCUGCAGCAAAGUAUCUGAGUGCAAAUAAGAUGAAGGAAAUGAUGGCUGUCCUCUCGAAGCUGGACACGGAAGACCAGCUGGUGUUCCUGAAGUCUCGGAAACGCUUAGCAGAAGCUGCAGACCUGCUGAACAGGGAAGGGAGGAGAGAAGAGGCCGCCCUGCUCAUGAAGCAACAUGGCUGCCUCCUGGAGGCUGCCAGGCUCACUGCCGACAAGGACUUCCAGGCCUCAUGUCUGCUGGGGGCUGCCCGCCUCAAUGUGGCCAGGGAUUCCGACAUAGAGCACACCAAGGACAUUCUGAGAGAAGCACUUGAUCUCUGCUAUCAAACCGGCCAGUUGUCUGGCAUUGCUGAGGCCCACUUCCUGCAAGGGGUAAUUCUGAGAGACUUUCAGAAGCUCAGAGACGCCUUCUUCAAGUUUGACACACUCAACCACUCGGCUGGAGUGGUGGAAGCACUCUACGAAGCAGCCAGCCACUGUGAGGCCGAGUCUGAGAAGGUUCUGGCCCUGGCUCCAGGGGGCUUGGAAAUCCUUCUCAAUCUGGUCAGGGCCCUCAAAAGAGUGACCAACAAUGCUGAGAAGGAAAUGGUCAAAUCUUGCUUUGAGUUUUUUGGGAUUUCCCAGGUGGAUGCCAAGUAUUGCCAGAUAGCCCAGAACGACCCGGGGCCCAUAUUAAGAAUCAUUUUUGACCUGGAUUUGAACUUGAGAGAGAAGAAAACAAAAGAUCAUUUUUUGAUAAUGACUGACCAAGUGAAAUUAGCCCUAAACAAACACCUUUUGGGCAGGCUUUGUCAGAUCACACAGAGCCUACUUGGGAAGACCUACCGAGGAGUCUGCAUGAGGUUUAUUGUAGGCUUAAAAUGUGAAGAUGAAAACUGUGAACAUUUUCACAGGCCUGUGCGGCGUUGUGAAGCCAAGUGUUUAGUUCAGUCGAAAAUGAACUUGGUGGCAAUCAAUGGGUUGCUUUUGGAAGCCAAAAAAGUAUUCCCUAAAAUCUUAGCAGAAGAACUUAAAGAAAUUGAUUAUAUUUUGUCUACAGAUACGUAUUGCAGAUCCAUUCUGGAUGUCCUUUUCCCUAAACAUUUCCAUCAGAGAGUGUUGUCAGAAAACCCCAUGGCAUGCAAAGAAAUCCUCCAACCAAAUUACAAAUCCUUUCGGUCCUACAGAUUAGCUUUGAAAGAGUACAUCCACUUUCUGUUUGAAAACGAAAGCGCGCGCAGCCGCCGGGAAUCCACAGACCUGUGGCUGAGUGCCAUGCAAGCUUUCCUUCUCUCUUCCAGCUACCCGGAGGAGUUUGAAAAACUGCUCCACCAGGAGGAGGACAGCUACAACAGGGAACUCAAAGCUCUACAGUCCGAAAAAGACGAAAGGGGCCGGGGGAGAGGCAGCCGGAUAAAAGGAGUAGAAGGGAAAUCUGGCAUGCUGGCACCCAACAAGGAUGAUGGAAAUAUGGACAAGACCCACCUGUGCUUCAUCCGGCUGCUGGAGAAUAGCAUUGAUCAAUUCUACGUGCACAGGAACCCAGAAGACUACAAGUGGCUCUUUUUCCGUUUCAUGAAUGUCCUCAUCAAGAGGUGCAAAGAACCGCUCAUCCCCAGCAUUGGAAACACAGUGGCCCUCCUGGAGUUCCAGUUCAUCCACUGUGGGGUGGUGCUGGCCCGCCUCCGGAAGAAUGUCAUUCUGUGCCUCCCCAAGAGCUACAUUGCCCUCUUACACUACUGGGAGUUCCUGUUUAGCAAGAAGGAUAAGGAGCUUGGGGAUGUGUUCUCCAUCAUUCAGGACUACAAACCGAAGGACGUGACAAGAGCCAUUCAGGAUUUCCGGUUCCACCUCUCCUACCUUGCCAAGGUGCUGUGUGGCUGUGAGAAUGUGAACUUCAAUGUCCUGCUUGAUGCCUUCAGUGAAAUAGACUAUGUGGUCUCGGGCGAGGCUGAGCGGACGCUGGUGCUGUGCUUGGUGAUGCUAGUGAACGCUGAGGAGGUCCUGCAGCCGUAUUGCAAGCCUCUCCUGUACGGCCACUUCCAGGAGAUCGAGUCAAGGCUGCAGCUCAUGAGCAGGGCCUGCCCUGGCCAGGUUCCUGAGAGGCUUCUGAAGGUGGUGAGGCGGGUGUUGGUGGCAGUCAAUGUGAAGUCUGUGGCUGAGGCGCUGCAGGACCUGCUCUUUGAGCGGGAUGAAGAGUACCUGAUGGACUGUGAUUGGCGGUGGGACCCCGUGCACACCAAAGGGUCCAUGGUCCGUGGCCUCUAUUAUGAAGAGGUCAGACUCAACCGCCUGCUCUGUUUGGAACCCGUGGACUACUUUGCUGAACCUGAGUGUGAUUUUGGCCAGGAUGAGAUGGAUGAACUGGCAUUAGAAGACCGAGACCAUGUCUUGGCCACCAUCCUUUCCCAAAAGCAACGUAAGGCCUCCAUCCAACGGAAGUUGAGGAGGGCAUGCCUGGUGGUAUCUCUGUGUAUCAGUUGGAGGAGAAGAGUGGGGACCCAGAUGGAGCGUGUCAGGGAGGAGGCCAGGGAGCCCGGGGCUGGGAACUUCAAAAAGGCGGAUGUGGAUAGGACCCAGUGUGACCUGUGUGGAGUGAAGUUUACCCGUGGCCCAGAGAACUACUUCAGCUCCAGCAAAGCAUUUGAGGGGGCAGCUUCAGAGGUGGCUGUCCUUUCUGGGGCUGAGCUGGAAGGGAAGGAGUGUCAGGAGAGGAACAGCGAGUCGUACGAGCAGCACAUCCAUCUAGAACACCACCAGAGGCAGCAAGUGGCCUACCAGAAAUACUCAGAAUUUUUCCAUGAGAAGGUGGACCCCGCCAUCGAUGAAGGCAAGCUGGUGGUGCAGGACAUCGAGCAAAGCGUAUGGAUCCACAGUCACGUGGGCUCCAAGGAGCACAGCCACAUGCUGCAGAGGAAGGUCCAGGAGCACAUCAAGAGGGUUUCGGAUAUGGUGGAGGACCUCUACAGGCGGAAGGCCUGGACUGGCGCGGAGGAGGCGAUGACUCAGCUGGCCAACAUUCUGAUCCUGUCAGUCAGGGCUGCACGAGACUGGUUGAUGAAAACGGAGGUCCGCUUAAAGGAGGAAGGAAUCGUUCAGGAAGAUGAUUAUGAAAAUGAGGUUGAAGACUUUGGUGAGCUUCGUCCUAGAAGGCGUUCUCGGAAAUGUGGAAAGCUGAAAAAGUACUAAUGUCCACACUGCUGCUGCCUCCUCAUCCUUCGGAACAUUCCAUUCUGACUUAGAAUCCUGAGUGCUGGGGCAGAAGACAAAAAGAAUGUGAAUUAGCAUUUUAAAAAGUAGGGGAGUCUGACAACACCAUUGCUUUUUGUUCUCAUUAUUCUCUUUCAGUGGCUUAGGGUCUGAUUGCUCCCUCACCUGCAAGGACCUCUAAAGUGUUGCCAAGUAGAUUGUAGCAGUACUGGUUCUCCCCACAAACAAGUUCAGGUAGAGGAGUUGUAUUUGAGGGGAAUGUUUGGGACUCCUCAUUCCAUGGUCCUUGGGCCGUCUGGCUAUCCCCAUCACGACCUGAGUCAGUAGCAGAGGACUAGGUGUUAAGACAGACAUUCCUCACCUCAGAGUCGCUGCUGCUCUGGGCCAGGAAAUCUCUUUUAUGGAUUCCCUCAUCCCCGGCUACACUGCUACAGCAUCAAGUGUGCUGUGAGAGCCGUGUGUGCCCAGGGGUGGGCCUACCACUGGCCACCAGGCCACAUGCUAGUCAUCUCUGGGCCCAUUUGUAGUGUAGUUUUUUCUGUUAGAGACGUUAGCCUUUUCUCUCUGUGGCAACUUUUCUGCCUCACCUCCCUCUGUUUUUUGUGACUCAUUCUUAGCUACCUGUGCAAGUCACAGUUAGACUACCUCAGAAUGUAGUCAAGAAUUCACCCAGUGUUCUUUGCAUGUCCCUUCCCUAGAGGGAAAGGCUGGGGAAUGCUGGGAGCAGUCCCAGCUGCCUCUCCAAAGUGGUCCUAAUUCUGCCUUGGCUAUGGUCCAGACCUUCCAAAAAGUGUUCUGUAUACAGCCUAGUCUAGUUUUGUUGGUUCACGCUGGUGAGUUUGCCAUCCUAGCUUAGGUUAACAUUCUGAUGACUUUCUGCUUGCUGAAUUAAUCACUGUAGGACAGUGACCUGCAGAGCUGCAGGUUAGAGCAAGUGGACAGAGGAGACAGCCAGCCGAGCCAACUCUGUCACUGCCACGUGGCUGGCAGGCCCUAUAAGAGGGUGAGUCUGGGCCUGUUUGUAGGAGGUCGUUGCUUACCCUCUCCCCACGCUGAGUCAGCAGCCAUCAGCGUGGUCCCACCUGGGAAGCCUUCAUGCCUCUCUGAGUGUUACUGCCCAUCCUUACCCCAGCCCUCAGCUCAGCCUGGUGUGAAAGACCAGGUGCACACUGGUCUUUGAUUGACAGCAGAACCAGCCCCGCCCCCCACCCCACCCCCGUUGCUGCUGCUUUUGCUGCUCAUGCUGCUCAUUGUUUUCUUUCUCUUCUUGUCUUUCCAAAUUGUUUCCUUGAAAUGCUUGUUUCUAAAUUUUCUUAAAUUAUGUUUCUAAUUUUUUAAAUUCCAGGUGUAUUUUUUUUUACUUGACAGAAAAAAAAAAGAAAACCUUAAUAAUAUCUUGCUGUAUAAUCACAUUUUUUAUAAAGUUAAAGCAUUUCUCUUA